UUUGGAGCCGGCAACUCAUUGCGCAGCAACGCUGGGUCUGCUCCUCCGAAGCUCUGCCCGACCCGGUACCCUCUUCUUUUUUCCGCUCGGAGUAUUUCCGUAUUGCAAGUCCUACAACGCCGCCAGUCACAGUCGAGGCACGCCGUCCGCCUAGUUUAUCUGAAUCUCUCUCUCCUCGCGCAUUCUUUCUCUCAACCCCUUCUCCCUCCACUUCAAAUUCCGUUGAGCUGGUUUCUGGAUUUCCCCAAAUUAUGCAAUUGCAGAAUUGUAGAUUUUGGGCCAUCUGUGCAAAACUGCGUGCUUGAUGUUCUUCUACUGACGUUUGGGUUUUCUGGAAGUUUUUGUGCAUAAUCAAAAUAAAUAGAGAGUAGGGACCAUAUUCUGCAUUCUAUUGUUUAAACUUGUUCAUGAGUCAGCUUUGUCAAGGUGCAAUGUGCAUCUUUCGCCGGGGUUCGACGAAGCUUUGAUGAUUUUGGCUGAGAUGAAGCUGUGGCAGUAUAAUCAUUUGUGCUCUGUCUUAUGUAUUUGCAUAGGCUGAUAACAGUUUCUGCAAGAAAUAGAAAUUGACUUUGAUGGCUGAACUAUGAACUGGGAAGUAGAUAUCCAUAUAUCAUCCUCAUGAAAAUAAAAGACUAGAGCUUUUUACCCGAAGAGCUUUUUACGCGAGGCGAGGGAUUCUUGUAAUGGCCGGGAUUGUGAAACCGCCAGGCGCGUUCGCAAUUACCCCGCACAAAGUCUCCGUAUGCAUACUUCUUCAGAUCUAUGCUCCGUCCGUGCAAAUCUCGUUGCCGUUCCCUUUCUCCUCCGUCGCUCAGCACAACCGCCUCGGACUGUUCCUCUUGGCUCUCACUAAGUCGUGUGACGAUAUUUUGGAGCCGAAACUGGAUGAACUCAUUAGACAUUUGAGGGAAGUUUGCGGCUUGUCACAUGAUUGGUUUAUUGAUCAUUUAACAAGCAGGUUAUCGUCCAUAUCGUCACCGGAUGAUUUGUUUAACUUCUUUACUGAUAUGCGAGGUAUCCUUGGGGGCCCUGAAUCUGGCGUUAUGGAAGAUGACCAGGUUAUUUUGGACCCUAGUAGCAACCUGGGGAUGUUUCUCCGUCGUUGUAUACUUGCCUUCAAUCUGCUAUCGUUUGAGGGUGUGUGCCAUCUACUGACAAAUAUAGGGCAUUACUGUAAAGAAGCCCUCUCAAGUUGUCCUUCUUAUGAGGCAACAUGUUUAGAAGAUUCCAAUAGCAAUUUGGAGGCGCUUUUAGAAUAUGAAAACAUGGACCUUGAGAAUUUGGUCUUCGAAAAAGUCACGGAAGAAAUUGAAGCGAGAAAAAGUGCCAGUGAAACAGUUCCGUUUCAUCUUCAUGCACCAAAAGCACUUUUUGGUUUGGUUGAAGAUAUUGAGGUUCUUGUUGAUGUGAAACCCAAACAAGGGGACAAAGAUAGAGAGGCUUCUCCAUAUGUGCGUCCUCCAAACGAUACAUUACGAGAUUUUGAGCCCAAUUGUGGGAUAUUCCUAAGAUCAAACUGGCAGAUACAAGGAUUCUUACAAGAGCAGGCUGAUGCAAUUGAAAAGAAUGGAAGCUCUGUCUCUUUAAAUGCUUUUGAACUUGUUUUAAGUCGGCUUCAUAAAUUGGCACCUGAGCUGCAUCGUGUCCAUUUUUUGCGUUACUUGAAUAGUCUUUGUCAUGAUGAUUAUUUUGCUGCUUUGGAGAAUCUUCAUCGCUAUUUUGAUUACAGUGCAGGGACAGAAGGAAUUGAUAUCGUUCCUCCUGCAUCUGGUUGCAAUAAUUUUGGACGAUAUGAAAUUGCUUUAUUAUUUCUAGGGAUGAUGCAUUUCCGGUUUGGGCAUCCAAAGCAAGCUUUGGAGGUUUUGACUGAAGCAGUUUGUGUUUCUCAACAGCAAAGCAAUGAUACUUGCCUUGCAUUCACUUUAGCAGCUGUCUGCAACAUGUUGUCUGAAAUUGGUGUCUCAAGUACAGCUGGGAUACUUGGAUCAUCAUUCUCACCUUUGACCAGUAUUGGUAUUUCACUCUCUGUCCAGCAACAAUUGUUUGUCCUUCUCAGAGGGUCUCUGAAGAGAGCAGAAAGUCUAAAGUUGAAACGCUUGGUGACUUCUAAUCAUCUUGCAAAGGCUAAAUUUGAUUUGACGCAUGUGCAAAGACCUCUACUAUCAUUUGGUCCCAAAGCUUCCAUGAAGCUCAAAACAUGCCCAAUCAAUGUUUGCAAGGAGUUGAGGUUAAGCUCUCAUUUGAUUAGUGAAUUUAGCUCAGAAAGUUCUACAAUGACAACGGAUGGUGCUUUUAGUUCUGUCUGGCUUAAAAAUUUACAAAAUCCAUUGGGUUCAGUUGUAUUGUCGCAAGAGAAUGGAUCUGGAAGCAAUACCAAUGCUUUCCAGUUUUAUGCACAGCCAAGUUCCAUUCCUGGAUCGGUACUGCAAUUAAUAGGUUCUUCAUACUUACUCCGAGCCACUGCAUGGGAGAUGUAUGGCAGUGCUCCUCUUGCUCGAAUAAAUGCGCUGAUUUAUGCAACUUGCUUUACUGAUGCUUUGAGUUCAUCUGAUGCUGCUCUAGCAUAUGUGAAGCUUAUCCAACAUUUAGCAGUUUUUAGAGGAUACAAAGGUUAG